AUGCCCACCUUUCGAAUGGGAGCUCAGAAUAAAACUUGUCAUUCGACAUUUGAGCUACCAGCUAAGAUGAAUCGACAACUUCUUCUUGUCUUUGUCGCUAUCUGCGUGCUCUCCCAAAACGCAAUGGCUCUCCGUGGCGCGCUUUUCCGUUCCGGACGCAGUCUUCUUCACCGUCAAAUUAAUCAGGAGGUCGCUAUCGAGCAACCGCAGAUGAUUCAAUCCGAGAAACGUUCUCCUGUCGUUGAGCUCUAUCCGGUGGUCGACACAGGAAAUGGGGAUCCAGAAGCGUUCGCAUCAUACUUCAGAUUUUAA